CGUAGCUAAUUAAAGUAAUUUCUUCACAUUUUAGGGGUCAAUAAAUAUUAACUUUAAAGUCUCAGCUUGUGUUAACUUAAAACUGUUUACUCAGAAAACAGCAUAAGGCUGCUUUGCGGCGGUGCUGUUUUAGCCGACCUUACUAUGUUGAAGUUGUAUUUUUUGGGGGAUAAACACAACUUAAUCUGUACUUUAAUACGUUGACAAAGAUCUUGGUCUAACGUGAGGCCUAUACGAGUUCAAAAUGCUGGAAUACUCGAAAUAAAAUAGUCUCUGAAGACUGCAGCACCCAGAAUACAAGAUUCCCACUGCAAAAUGCUUAAGGAAGACCUGCCAUCGCACAACUGCUGACAAUUAUGGUGACCAUGGCCGUGCCGGCUGCUCUGAUCCCACCAACUCCUCUGGUCCCACCGCCUCCGAUUUCGAAUCCUUCCGCGACGACGUCCCCGCCGUCGACAACUUCAUCACCAUCUCCAUCCCUGGCUCCUCCAUCCGGACCCGGACAGAACCUGUUCAGAUCAGAGCUCCUCGCCACCAGCAGCCCGGGCAUCCCGACCCCGACCGCGGCUCUACCCCCCAGCAAACCCGUGUACUCGACCCCGUCGCCUGUUGAAAACAUACCGCAAAACAAUGAGUGCAAGAUGGUCGAGUUGCGCGGUGCCAAAGUGGCCUCUUUCACCGUGGAAGGCUGCGAGCUCAUCUGCCUUCCUCAGGCUUUCGACCUGUUCCUGAAGCACCUGGUCGGCGGACUGCACACGGUCUACACCAAGCUGAAGCGGCUGGAGAUCACGCCGGUAGUGUGCAAUGUGGAGCAAGUCCGCAUCCUCAGAGGGCUCGGCGCCAUCCAACCGGGGGUGAACCGCUGUAAACUUAUUUCCAGAAAAGACUUCGAGACUCUCUACAACGACUGCACCAAUGCGAGCUCCAGACCCGGCCGGCCUCCGAAGAGGACCCAGAGUGUGACAUCACCAGAGAACCCCCACAUCAUGCCCCACUCAGUCCCUGGCCUCAUGUCUCCUGGCAUGAUCCCACCCACAGGCCUGACAGCAGCAGCUUUUUUUUACGCAGCCAUCGCAGAGGCCAUGAAGGUCAAGAAGAUCAAGCUGGAGGCAAUGAGCAGCUACCACAGCAACGCCAACCACCAUGGGGCCGACGGAGAGAAUGGAGACCUCAGCUCCAGCGUCGGCCUGGAACUCCCCUUCAUGAUGAUGCCACACCCCCUGAUCCCAGUCAGCCUGCCUCCAGCCUCUGUCACCAUGGCGAUGAGCCAGAUGAACCACCUCAGUACCAUAGCAAACAUGGCAGCGGCAGCACAGGGCCAGAGUCUGCCCUCCAGAAUGGUCACGUCUGUUAUAAAGUGGCUGCUGGGGCUGCAGGAACGUGUGCCGGACAGUCCCUCCCCUGCUCCUUCCUUAGAAGACAACAGGAGGCCAGGCAGCCACCCCUCAUCCCACCGCAGCAGCAGCGUGUCCAGCUCCCCAGCCCACACAGAAAGCUCCUCAGACAGGAUACCGGCACACCACAAUGGCCUGUCCAUGAACCAAGCCCUCCUGGGCCUGUCCCCCAACAUCCCGCCUGGGCCUAAAGAAGGAGACCUGGCCCACGACAUGAGCCACGAAGUAAAGAGGAUGCACACUGACAAAGAGGACAACACAAUGUGCACCCCAACAGCAAGAGAUAGCUAUGAAAGGUUGUCGCUGGCUGGACAGACUCUGCCUCCUGGCUUCCCCUCGCCAUUUCUGUUUCCAGAUGGCUUGUCGUCAAUAGAGACUCUCCUCACCAACAUACAGGGCCUGCUCAAAGUGGCAAUUGACAACGCGCGGGCUCAGGAGAAGCAGGUGCAGCUGGAGAAGACGGAGCUGAAGAUGGAGCUGUUCAGAGAGAGGGAGCUCAGGGAGACUCUGGAGAAACAGCUCGCGAUGGAGCAGAAGAACAGAGCAAUCAUUCAGAAGCGUCUGAAGAAGGAGAAGAAGGCCAAGAGGAAACUCCAAGAAGCUCUGGAGUACGAAUCCAAGAGGAGAGAGCAGGCUGAGCAGUCUUUGAAGCAGCCCUCGCCCUCUGACAGCAUGCGUUCACUCAACGGUCAGACACUCCACAACUCUCUGACCCCUGAGAUGGAGAGUGACCGCAGCAGUGGAAGAACAGAUGCUGAAAGGACAAUACAAGAUGGAAGACUGUUCCUGAAAACCACAGUGAUGUACUGAUAAGGCCGUGAGGAGCUGGAGGAAAUAAAAAUU